UAUUUUAAGCAAAAACUUGAAUUGGAGCCUAUGAAAUCGAACGCGAUAGCUGCAAUUGAAACUUUGAUUGAAUUUAUCAGACAAGAUAAAUGUGAAACUUUAUCCGAAUUUCGCGAAAAAAUCAAUGGAACUAUAGAUUGCCUAACAAAGACAGAUAAAGCAGUGACUUCAGUUGCCUCUGGUUGUGAGCUAUUCUUGCGAUUUAUUACCUUAACCUCCCUAGAUCAACCUGAUUUUCAACAAUGCCGAAUUGUGCUAGUUAACCGAGGUCAACUAUUCUUAAAAGAAGUAUCGCAGUCUCGAAUGAAAAUUUCAAAAUUAUGCAUUCCAUUUAUAAGUGAUGGUGCGACGAUAUUAGUUCAUGCUAGAUCUCGUGUGGUUAUACAAUUACUGAAAGAUGUAGCUGCAAGUAAGAAGCGAGUCUCUGUUUUCGUUACAGAAUCAAGGCCUGAUUGCACAGGUUGCGAAUUUCAACAGUGUCUGACGGAAUUUGGUAUUCCAACAACUGUCAUCUUAGAUGCAGCAGUGGGAUAUAUCAUGGAAAAAGUAGAUUUAGUAUUAGCUGGAGCUGAAGGGGUUGUCGAAAGCGGUGGUAUCAUCAAUAAGAUUGGAACAUAUCAAAUGGCUGUUAUGGCAAAACAUUGCAACAAACCAUUUUAUGUGCUUGUUGAAAGCUUUAAAUUCGUCAGACUUUAUCCUUUAAAUCAACACGAUGUGCCGAAUGAGUGGAAAUAUCCUACUUCCCCUAAUCCCUCUCCUUCUGAACAUCCGUUGGUAGAUUAUACGCCACCUCAUUUUCUUACUCUAUUGUUCACUGAUUUAGGCGUUCUAACGCCGUCUGCCGUCAGUGAUGAAUUAAUAAAGUUGUACAGUUAA